UCGAGGGUCUCAAAACAUACCAUAAACGUCACCUCACUGCUCGGAAUUACAGUCUGUGCAAAGGCCGCACCACUUACAGCAACAGCACGCGCGGCAGGUGGGACUUGGUGAGCAUCGAACAGUUACGACCUCCACAAGGGCAGUGAUGAACAGAAGUAACUUUGUGAACCUUUUGGUUCUUUGUUUAAAAGGAGUGUGCUCGUGUCCCAGCGGAUGGACACAAACGCCCAUCAGCGGCUUGUGUUUGACCUUUCAGCCGGCGCCGAAGUCUUGGUCGGAGGCACAGAAGGAAUGCGUCAGCAGAGGCGGCCAUCUUGCUAUCAUCAAAACAGCAGCCGACAACUCUGACGUCAUCAGCUUCAGGCUAUCACAGACCCAGCAAGGCGAUCCUGUUUGGUUAGGGAUGCACAUACAUGGUGGCAGUUGGUCCUGGACAGACGGAAGUCAGGUCAAGUGGGCAGACUGGGACAGCGGUUCUGCGCCUUCAACUCAAGAUCCUGAUCUCUGCGGUGUGCUGACCUACAAGAAUGUGCUGGCCUGGACUUAUAUCAACUGCGUCAUGCCUCUCGCAUUCAUCUGUCAGUUUACUGCUGCCAAAUCCGGCGCUGCUCCGCCAGCAUUGAUUACUGGAACAUGGCGUAAAAUUGCCGUUGAUGAACGCUGCGUUGGGACCGAGGUGGUUGCUAACCUGACGGCCUCGUCCCUCAUCGACUGCGUUCGGCAGUGUCAGACCAUAAAUACGUGCAACGUCGUCAGCUUUACGCAUACGCAGAAGACGUGCGACUACACCGCCACCAGUGCUGACGCCCCGCAGCUGAGUGAUGCACGUGGCUGGGAGACUUGGGUACUGGAUAAACAUUAACAAAAUCACGAAACCAAAGAUUAAGGAAUUUUGAUCCCUCCUAAAGCUAAACUGGCAAGAAUUUCCUAAAUAGCAUUCAAUGAUUACAUAAUAUAUAAGAAUAAAAGGAAUUUAAUAUUCUGAAAACGAUAAUUAAAAGUGCAAAAUGUGCAUAGACAACAAAUUCAUAGACUAUUUUAUCUUUGUUUAGUUUAUUGUAAAAACCAUAUUGUAAGAGUUAGUGUGUAGAGUAAAUCAGCAGAAUUUUUACUUUGUGAACAAAAUUCUUUGUAAAAUGUCUCCGAGUAAAUGAAUUAUAUAUUUGUGAUCAGUUGAAGAAAACGGUUAAAUCUUUCUGUUAGUGGCAUUCAGGGAUAUUGGAAGACAUGUAAAAUCAAGGCAUCAGAUAAACAAUUCAAAAUUAUUUAAUCUCUAAAAAUCUUAGAUAAAAGGAUUUAUUUUCACUCUCA